GACUGGGCCAUGGAGCGCCUCCUGUGGUGCCUGCUGCUGCUUGGAGCUACAGUGAUGACCACAGAAGCCUGCCCCAAGUACUGCUCGUGCCAGAACCUGUCUGAGUCCCUGGGGACGCUAUGCCCAUCCAAAGGACUCCUGUUUGUGCCUCCGGACAUCGACCGCGGGACAGUGGAGCUGCGCCUUGGUGGAAACUACAUUCUUCGUAUCACUCAGCUAGACUUUGCCAACAUGACUGACCUGGUGGACCUGACUCUCUCCCGGAACACUAUCAGCUACAUACAGCCCUUUUCUUUUGGAGACCUGGAGACACUGCGCUCACUACAUCUGGACAACAACCGUCUGACAGAGCUUGGUCCAGAUGAUCUUCGAGGAUUGAUCAACCUUCAGCACCUCAUUGUCAACAAUAAUCAGCUGAGUCGAAUACAUGACAAGGCCUUUGAGGACAUGGCUCUUGCUUUGGAGGACUUGGACCUUUCUUAUAAUAACCUCAUGUCUCUGCCCUGGGACUCUGUUCGGCAGAUGAUCAACCUUCAUCAGCUGAGUGUAGACCAUAAUCUUCUGGACUACAUUCCAGAAGGAACUUUUAAGGACUUGGAGAGAUUAGCUAGACUGGACUUGACUUCUAAUCGUCUGCAGAAACUGCCUCCAGAUCCCAUCUUUGCCCGCGCUCAGGACUCCAUGAUCCUGACCACGCCCUUUGCUCCUCAGUUGUCCCUGAGUCUUGGAGGGAACCCUUUACAUUGCAACUGUGAACUUCUGUGGCUGAGAAGGCUGGACAGAGAUGAUGAUCUAGAAACCUGCGCCUCUCCACCUAAUCUGAAGGGGCGCUACUUUUGGAAUUUAAAAGAAGAGGAGUUCCUGUGUCAGCCUCCCUUAAUUUUGCAGCAUACUCACAGAAUGCUGGUUUUAGAAGGCCAGACUGCGAGUUUACGCUGUGAAGCCAGUGGGGACCCUGCCCCUAUCAUCCACUGGAUCGCUCCAGAUGACCGUCUCCUCGGAAACUCCUCCCGAACUGCUGUGUAUGCCAAUGGCACUCUGAGCAUCACCAUCACCACUUCCAAGGACUAUGGGACCUUUACUUGCAUCGCGGCCAAUGUGGCGGGGGAGUCCACAGCACCUGUUGAAGUGUCCAUUGUGCAGCUUCCACACCUUAGUAACGGCACCGGACAACCUGCACAACCCAAGUCCCGCCUCUCCGACAUCACAAGUACCACUAGGGUCAGCAAAGGGGCCCCGAAGAGCACUCCUGAGAAGGAGGUCAGUGUGUCAGAGGUGACAGGUGUGUCAGCGCUGGUCACCUGGACAGUCAGUAACACGGCCCCCAAAGUGAAGAUGUACCAGCUCCAGUACAACUGUUCUGAUGAUGAGGUGCUCAUCUACAGGAUGAUCCCUUCUUCUUCUCAGUCAUUUCUCCUCACCAAUCUGGUUUCUGGCACACGCUAUGAUCUAUGUGUGUUGGCAGCCUGGGAUGACACGGCCACCACGCUAACAGCAACCAAUGUAGUGGGUUGCACGAACUUCUUCACCCUGGAUGAGUAUCCGCAGUGCCAGGCCUUGCCCAGCCAGCUGCUAGGGGGCACCAUGAUCCUGGUGGUGGGAGGGGUCAUCGUGGCCACACUGCUGGUAUUCAUUGUGAUCCUCAUGGUGAGGUACAAAGCAGCAGAGAGCGAGCCCCUGGGGAAAAUGAGCGGUUUCACAGACAUGCACUCACAGACAAAUGGGGGGCGUUUGGGGCCAAAUGGGUUGCUUCUACCCCAAUCCCGGGCUCCAGAUCCCUCUGGCCCCAAGGAGAAAGUAGCGGUGGCACUUCGAGAUGAGGUGGUGCAGUUUAAAUGUGGGUCUCUGCAGAGUAGCCUCACAUCCUCAUCUUCCUCGUCCGGCUCCAUGCCCGGGUGCUCCAACAGCCCCAACAGCACACUGGCCCACAUCUGGAGGUCUGCGGCCCCUAAGCCCAGACACAACUUGGACCAUCUGCUUGGUGCCCUCACUGCUAUGGAGUUGCGUGGGGGGCAGCCUAGGGACGCUGUGGCUGUUGGUGGCACAUCUGUAAGAAUUAGUAACCCUAUAGAACAGGAACCGCUGCUUGGACGGACACUGGACUCCCGCCUCAGCAGACUACUCAUGCUGCCUCUGGAGCGGCCCAGGCGCAGUCAGUCCUUUGACAUGGGGGACACGGGUGCAGGCAACCGGCGCUCCAGCCGGCCACGUCGCAUUAGCCGCAUUUGGACUAAGAGGAGCAUGUCAGUGAAUGGCACGCUGCUCCAGAGUGAGGAUGAGGGAGACCCUGGGGGCAGUGGAAGCUCUCCUGACAGUGCUGACUGGGUCUUGGAAAGUACUGUGUAG